AUGGAGAGGGGGGUCAUCAAGCCCGGCGUGUCGCACCUCAGCGGCCUGUCAGGUGGUGCGCUUACGGCCGUGCUGACUGCUCUCGGGUUCGACGGCGCCCAGCAGCGCGAGUUUUUCGUGAGUGCGGUCGCGGAGUGCGUCGAGCGGUGGGGCAGCUGCAAAGGGCACAUCAAUGAGGUGUUGCGGGAGCGGCUGGCCGACUGUUUGCCGGAUGAUGCUGCGUCCAAAGUCAGCGGCCGCGUGCGUGUGGCGCUGUCGCAGCUCGACGCGGGCCGCACGUCACUCAACGGCAGCGCCAGCUGGGUGGUUGGCGAGUGGGCGUCCAAAGCCGACCUGGUGUCCUGCCUCACGGCAUCAGACCACAUCCCCUGCUUUACGGGCCCAACCCUGUACACUAUGUUUCGCAACGAGCCCGUCAUUGACGGAGGCUAUGCCAACGGCUUCGAGCAGCUCUGCAGCGGCCAGCCAGAGUGCCUAAAGGUCUCGACGUUCCACAUAGGGGCCCUGGGGGACAGCGCGUGCGACGCGGGCCUGUGUGCCUCGAUGGCCGCCUCCAAGUGCGCCAGCCCGGAGCGCAGGGAGCCCAUUCCAUCGACCCUGUAUCAGCGCUGCCGCCGUGGCAACCGCUGCGCCGUCCCCUCGUGCCGCCGGCUGCUGGCCCCUGCCAUCCCGCAGAAUGGGCCUCUGGCUGGCCAGUGGCGCAUUAGGGAGGUUGCUGAGCGCUGCGGCAUGAACGCCACGCUGCCGGUCAGAGGCGGCCUUGCCGGCCCCUACCCUUUGCCAGACUGGGGCAAGUGGAACAAGCUGCCUAUCAAGCCAUGGGACGGCAAGCGUGUGCUGGCGUGCGAGUGGCAGGAGUGGGCGACAAACCCGCCGCCCGAGCACACUCUCGCCAUCAUGCAGCUGACGUACGAUCAGGGUGUGAAGGAUGCAGAGUCGUGGGCAGAGGAGCACGGCUACCUGCCCCUGCAGUUGGUGACAUAG